AUGGCGAUUGAUGGCAGGGAGCGCAGCUGUGGAGUACAUGAGCUAAUCUGUGCCAGAAGAGUGUCUCCAGAAGUGCUGGUGUUCCUCUCCACCAUCGGAGUCUUCACCGUCCUGACGAUUCUCCUGCUGUUAUACGUCAGCAGCAAGCUGUCUGUGGAGACUGCAGGAGACCUGCCCUGUUUAGAUGAGCUCAGAAGCAGUAAGACUGAGCAAGAGCAGGCCUGUGGCCUCAUGGCAUUCUUCAGAAGCUUCCAGCAGAACCUGCCCUCGGUCUCGUCCAUCCUGGACUCUGUGUCCAGCGCGGUGGACGACCUGGCGAGCGCCGUGGGGGACGUCACCUACACGGUGAGCGACCAGCUGGCUGAGCAGGUCACCACCCUCAUCAACAAGGUGCAGACGGAAGAAGAGGAGAAUUCUGGGAAGACGGAGGCCCUGGAUAGCCGAGCGGGUGAGCAGGAUGGAGGCGGGCGUAAGAUAAAGCAGCAGGCUCCAUCCGGCCGCUGUCGGGACCCAGAGGCCCGCAGUGAGGAGCGCACAGCCAAGUCCUCAUGCUCACCCCAAACUGUGGCCCGGUCCCAGGGCAAGGCUGACGGGGGGAGGGGGGAGGGCCGCAGGAGCACGCAAAGCACAGAGGAGAGCAACGCGCUGGAGGAAGGGGUGUGGUGCCACUCCCGGAAACACAGAGACAACCCAGAAAACAACCCAGAGGAGCUGGACGGCAGUGCAGGCGGAAGCAGGGGUCAUGACCCCAAAGAAACUGUCCCCUCUUCCUUCACAGGCAGGGCCACUAGGAGAGGCAAGCAGGCAGGGGACGAGGUUUGUCACAGCAACAGCACCAGAGAAAAACCACCUCCUAAUUCUAAAGCCAGCAAGGACAAGCGGAAAAACCUAACGAAGGAGCACAGCAUUGAGAGCGAGGAAGAGAGGGGUGCUGAGAAGACAGCGUCGGACAGCAAGCGGAGGGACGAGGAGCCCAGACCUCCCCAAUCCGGGAGGGAGGGAGAGGACUCUGCCCAGGAGAAGGCAGCCCGGGAUGCAGGGAGCGGGAAAGCUCCCCACAGACGGGACAGGGGGGAAUUGGGGAGCGGGACCAGGAAUGAGAAAAGCAGAGGGAACCCUGGCAAAGACGGUGACCUGCAGGAACCUUCCUCCUCUGAGGGCGAAGGCGGGGGGCGGAGGAAGCAGGCGGAGUCGGCGGCUCGUUCGCAGGCAGAGCUUCAUGGGAAGGCGUAUGGCUGGGAGACACAGCAGAAGUACAGCCCUCAGAGCAGAGAGUGUGCAGGCUACAGCAGCGAGGCAUCCACAGAGGAGGCCAACUGCAUCCAGAGGAUCAGCCGCACGCCCCCCCCAGAGGAGCCCCAGCCCCCCCCUUACCAGGACCAGCACGGGGCUACCCGCAAGCCAGCGGUGCACUUGGGUACGCGUCAUAGCAACCGGGCCGGCAACACCAAGCGGCACUCGCUGGCCAAGCACCCCAGCGACGGCAGCGAGGAGGAGCAGGCGGAGAGCCCCCUGACCCAGCACCGGGAGGAGGACCCUCCCAGCGACAGCACCGCCGUGGUGGGCCUGGAGGACGCGUCAGCCCCGGGAUCAGAGCUGCACCUCUCCGAGGGGUAUGAGCCGGAGCCCCUGGCCAAAUACGGCACGCUGGACGUGGCGUUCGACUACGAUUCGGGGGAGCAGAGGUUGGCGGUGACGGUGACGGCGGCGACCGACAUCCCCGCCCUCCGCCGCAUGGCCAACGUGUCCUGGCAGGUGCACCUGGUGCUGCUGCCCACCAAACAGCAGCGUGCCAAGACAGGGGUGCAGAAAGGGCCCUGUCCCGUCUUCACCGAGACCUUCAAGUUCAGCUGCGUGGAGUCGGACACCAUCGGCAGCUACGCAGUGCGAUUCCGGCUCUACAGCGUGCGGCGCAUGCGGAAGGAGAGGGUGAUGGGAGAGAAGGUGUUCUACCUCACCAAACUCAACCUGCAGGGAAAGAUGUCUGUGCCAGUCGCACUGGACCCCGGCUGCACUCUGACGGGCUGUGGGUCAGUGCGGAGCCUGUCCUACAGCGAUGGGGCCGCGUCGUACCGCUCGGCUGAGCAGGACUCCAGGCCUGAGAUCCUGUUGGGCCUGGUGUACAGCAGCACCACAGGACGACUGUCUGUGGAGAUCAUCAAGGGCAGCCACUUCAGAACAGCUCCUGACAAACCCCCCAAUGGGUUCUUCUGUUGUCUGAAACACCUGAUAGGGGGGCAGCUAUAUAUAGUCCCAGACACGUACGUGAAGCUGACCAUGAUGAAUUCCAUGGGCCAGGAGAUGUCCAGGUGCAAGACGUCCACCUGCCGGGGGCAGCCCGACCCCACGUACAAGGAGACGUUUGUGUUCCAGGUGGCGCUGUUCCAGCUGUCGGAGGUGACGCUGCUGCUGUCGGUGUACAGCCGGCGCGGUGUCAGGCGCAGGGACAGGGUGGGCUGGCUCUCGCUUGGCCUGAACAGCUCUGGCGCCGUGGAGACCUCCCACUGGGCCCAGAUGAAGCAGGCGGAGGGACAGCAGGUGUGUCGGUGGCACACUCUGCUGGGCUCGUAGGAGGAGGAGGAGGAGGAUGAAGGAGCCGUGAGCUUCUCUCUCACAGGAGGGUAAACUGCAGAUGACCUGCUGAAAGAUGCACAGGGUCUUUUUUAUCAAACAGUAAACUGAUUUGAGUUUGACACAGGGGCCUAGCAGGCCUGCAGCGGGCAGGUCACACACCAGGACAGCAGCCUGGGAGGUGGAACAGACACACACCCACCCGAAGGACCCAGCUCCCCGCUCAAAAACACCACUACCUGAGCUACCUGAGCAACUGUCUGUGCCAACUGAGCAACUGUCUGUAGAUACCUGAGUGACUACCGGAGAUACCUGAGUGACUACUGGAGAUACCUGAGCGACUACCAGAGAUACCUGAGCAACUACCGGAGAUACCUGAGUGACUACCGGAGAUACCUGAGCCACUACCGGAGAUACCUGAGCGACUAGCUGAGCUCUCAGUGAACACAGGCUCCACUGGAACUAUACAGGUUUGGAGUGGGUCCUGACUCAAGGAAAAAUUCAUUACUUGAGAAACUGGUGAAGGAGAAAAAAAAGAACAAAUCUCAAGGCUGGAGGAUGGCAUUUGGCUGAAGGAGGUAGAGGCCAUAGGAAAGGAGAAGCAGGGAGCCUCAGUGUCUUCAGUACUGUGAUACAGUGCCAUCCCUGUGUGAUGGAGAGCCUACGAUGAACAGAAACUCCUCUCACUUGUUACCAUUGUGACACCUAUUACAUGAAGCUCAUUGCUAAUGUAAUAAAUUACGCAAUAAAUAUUUACCAUUUACUAACUUUUUCAUUUAAAGAAAGUUUACCUUUUGUUGAAUGUCUUGUAUGCCCAUCAUACUGACC